CUGUUUCCCCUUCCUUCCUGUCUGGCGUUCCUCUGCAGUCACAGCGUUCUGUAGUUUCUGUGUCAAGCUACACAACACAAAAAUGGCGUUCACAUUCGCGGCCUUUUGUUACAUGCUUGCUCUAUUGCUUACGGCCGCUCUUAUUUUCUUCGCCAUUUGGCACAUAAUUGCAUUUGAUGAACUGAAGACUGAUUACAAGAAUCCCAUUGAUCAAUGUAACACAUUGAAUCCGCUCGUACUCCCGGAGUAUCUCAUCCAUGUGUUCUUCUGUGUGAUGUUCCUGUGUGCUGCUGAGUGGCUCACCCUAGGCCUCAACAUGCCACUGCUGGCCUACCACGUCUGGAGGUACGUACACAUCUAGAACAAUCUUGACUUU